AUGCGGCCGCGGGCCGGCGCGCGCUCCCUCUCCCUCCCGCUCUCGCUCUCCGUCUCGCUGCCGUCCGCGGCGCGGCUGUGCGCGCUGGCGCUCGUGCUGCUGCUGGCGGCGGGCGCGGCGCCCUCGCCGGCGCUGAGCGCGGGCUGUCCGGCGCGCUGCGUGUGCGACGAGCAGCUGGUGGUGCAGUGCGCGGGCCAGCGGCUGGCCGAGUUCCCCGCCGAGCUGCCGCUCGCCACGCGCCAGCUCAUCCUGUCGGACAACGCCAUCAGCGAGCUGCCCGCGCUGCAGCUCAACUACCUGGCCGACCUGGUGUACCUGGACUGCAGCAACAACUCGCUCGCGGAGCUGUCCGAGUCCACGUUCGGCAACCUGCGCAAGCUCGCCUACUUGGACCUGUCGUUCAACGCGCUGGCGCGCAUCGACGCGCGCACCUUCGGGCCCCUCGCCAGCCUCGUGAUGCUUCGCAUGACCGACAACCCGGGCCUGGGCGAGAUCGACGCGCGCGCCUUCGCCGAGAACGGCGCCCUGCAGGUGCUCGAUGUGAGCCGUAACAACCUGACGGCCCUGAACGUGAGCGCGCUCAUGGCGCUGCCGGCGCUGCGCGCGCUCGGCCUCAGCGGAAACCCGUGGCGCUGCGAUUGCCGCACCGAGGACCUGUGCCUGUGGAUGCACGUGGAGGGCUUCAAGUUUCAAGAUGAGGGUCAGACGGUGUGCCAGGGUCCAGCAGAAAUGCGAGGUCGACGCCUGUCCGAGGUGGGCAUGCAGCUGCGCUCCGAGUGCCACCAGGGCCUGGGCUACUGGGACUACCUGUUCUUCAUCGCCAUCGGCUUCGUCAUCUUCUCGGCCGGCACUGUCUCGGCCUGGGUGAUGGGCGUGCUCAUGGUGCUUUACGAGCGCUACAGCAAAAGGAAGAGCGAGGAGCUGGACAGCGACGACGAGGAGGACGGUGCCGCCCGAGGUGGCACAAGUAACCAUGGCAAUGGGGACCUGAGCAAGCCCGGCAUGCAGGUGUGA